CGCGAAGCAAAGGCGGGCGGAACCUGGCGGAACGCCUCUUACAGCCUUUAGGCGUGUUGCCUGAAAAGUGUCGAUCUCGGAAGGUGGAGAGAGCACCCGGCUGGCACCGAGCUUGGAUCACAAACUUCUGGGCAUACAAGGUACCACGUUGCGAUUAGAUCCUGUAGUCAAGGGCAGCUGCAGACUACAUCAAGGCCAGGUGUGCGAUUACCGCAGGCUAAAGCCGAGCGCCACUAUGUCAAGCACAAACGCGCCGCGUAAAGUAUCCAGCGAGGAUGUGAUCGGUCAAAAGACCGAUCUUUGCAUCAGCAAUACCAUUGUCAAGACCGGAAUUGGCUUCUCUGCUGGUGUGGUAUUGUCGGUUCUUCUCUUCAAGCGACGAGCAUGGCCUGUAUGGUUGGGCACUGGCUUCGGGAUGGGCUCAGGCUAUACCGACUGCGAGCGCAUGUUCAACCCAGUCGCUGUACCGGGCGUGCGUAUCGUCCCUGCCAAGUCAGUGGAGGGAGCCGCCUCAUCAUCGCCAGGCACUUUUGAGCUCUUACAGCAGAAAGCGGGAGAGGCCUUCGGCGCGGCCAAGGUGAAAGCUGGUGAUCAGCUGGAGCAGGCGACCGAAAAGGCGUCCAGCGAGCUACAAAGGGGAAAGGAGCUAGCUAAGGAUUCCGCAAAUGACUUGCUGUCGCGCGCAAAGAGCGGAGCGAAUAAGCUCGAAGAUAAGGUGCGCCAAGUGUAGAGCCUUGUACAGAACCUGCAGAAAUAUAUGCAGGAAGAGACGAUAAUUCAUCAACGACCCCCGAU